CUCAGUGACAACAAAAAAUAUUAUUACACAGCCCUUCUUUUAGAAAUUAAUAUUAAUUUAUAUAGCCCUAUUUCACAAGUAUUCCGUUUCAUGUUAAAAUCUGUAUUCUUUUUAACCAUAUAGGCCUAGUUAAUAAAAUAUAUGAAUGAAUUCCCGUUGGUGUUUGUAAAAUGUAAGAAUGUAACAUCUCGGGCAAAAGUUUAAAAUACUUCAGGGCCUAGGCCUAUUACAUUUUACCGCAAUCAGUGGGCCAACCAUUUCCCAGCAGAUAUAUUUCUCAAAAGCCUACACCUAGAAAAUGCCACCUGUCUCAGGAAGUACAACCUCUCAUACAGACCAGGAUGUGGUUUUCAAGAUUUUCAAUAAGUGAUAGGAAAGGGAUCUUAGGAAAUAAACUUUACCCUCAGUUUAGAUUUUUUAAGCAAGACUUAUUAAACAUGUAUACAAUUUCAUUUGGUAUUCCUGUGGUGAAGAAAUAAUUUACCAAUGUAGAUUACGACAUUUAAUUUUCGUAAGUGAAAAUAAAAAAUAUUGCUGCGGAAAAGAUGGGAAGUCCUCUACCAAUAGAACAGUCUGAAAUGAGUGAAGUUUUAAAUCUUCAGGAUCAAAACUCAGCUGAGGUGGGGGACAACAAUGAAUACUUUGUAGAAGAAGAAAUUAAUGGUGUUUUGGAAGAAAAUGAAGAUGUUGAUACGGAAGAAAAAUCAAGCUACAUAUCUGAAAUGGAGGAAGGUGGUGAAAUUGUCACUUUAGAAGAGAAUGAAAUGAAAUCUAGUUUAACAGAAGAUAGUGAAGAACUGCCAGACUUAGAAGGGACAAGUAAAGAUCCAUCCAGUACAGAAGUAAGUAAUUCUCUUGAUGAGGAAAGUAAUGUAGAGAACGGAAAUCUAGAAGAUUUAUCUUACCUUACACAAAUAAGCAAUUUCUCCAACUUGAAACCUUUUACAUGUGUUCUUUGUCAAGCAAAUUUUUCCAACAGUUUCCGUUUAAAGCGACACCUAAUGAGUCACGCUGGGAUAAGGCCUUUUAAAUGCGAGUCGUGUGAUGCCUCAUUCACCAACAAAUAUCACCUUCAGAGGCAUACGAUGACGCACACCGGUAUAAAGCCUCAUAAAUGCCCAACUUGUGAUGCACGUUUUGCUCAGAGCAACGGUCUCAAGCAGCACCUCCUUAAUCACUUGGGGAUAAAACCGUACGCUUGUCUUAUCUGCGGAGCCAAGUUCGCCCACACCGGCUACUUGAACCAGCACAUGUUGAGCCACACUGGUGAGCAACCCUUCCAGUGUCAAUUGUGUGACGCAAAGUUCACCAGGAGUAGCAGCUUGAAACAACACAUCCUGGUGCACGAGGGAACUAAACAGUUCAAAUGCGACAUUUGUGGCAAAGACUUUGUUCGUAACUACAGUCUCAAGCAACACAUGCUGUCUCACAACGAUAUCAAGGCUUUCCAGUGCAUUCUAUGUGAAAUGCGCUUCACGAACUCCAGCCACUUGAACCGACAUUUGGUCACGCACACCGGCGCUAAACCGUUCAAGUGUGACAUUUGUGAUGCGGAAUUUACACAAAGUGGGACGUUGAAGCGCCACAAACACGGACACACUGGGGAGAAACCUUUUGAGUGCAAGCUGUGUGGCAAAAAGUUUGGCGAGAAGAACAAUUUAAACAAGCACUUGCGGGUGCAUGCCCGAGUACGGCAGUUCAAAUGCCAAGAGUGUGAGGCAGAGUUCACUUCAAACUCCAACUUGAAGCGCCACAUGGUAAAACACCCGGACCACUUCGUUAGUGUUGAACAGAGUAACUAGUCUGGAAUCAAUACAAUUGUGUGACUAAACUACUAUGUAACAAGAAAACUAGUCAAAUGAAAGACAAGAUGGACCUUUAUAAAGAGUACGUUGAAGCCAUACCUAGUCACAGAUUUUAUAAUAACAGACAGCAGUGUAAAUACUUGUGAUAAGAUGUUUUUAUUUUUAAGAAAUAAUUGUGAUUUUGUUUUCUUUGUUUUUGUUAACGCUUUUACCAAUUUUAGUAAAAUAAUUCAAUAGCUCAGGAAAAUAUU